GUUAGAGGGUGGUGCAGCAGAUUGGUGGGAGACCUUGUCCAGGACAAUGGAAACUGAUGGGAUGACUUGGCGAGAAUUUGAGGAAGUUUUCAGGGAACAAUAUUUUAGUCCAUCUCACAGGAGGGCUCUUAUUGGAGUAUUUGAUGGUCUAAGACAAGGGGAUAUGACUGUGAAUGAAUUUUACAUGAAGUUUGUAGAGCUAUCCUCUUAUGCAUAUCCUGGUGUUGUUGAUCAACCCUUGGUGAUUGAACAGUUCAUGCGUCGUUUGAGGCCUGCGAUACGUGGUCCAAUAGCCCCUUUGACCUUUAACAACUUGACUGAGUGUGUGACAGCAGCCUUGCGAACUGAGGCUCAUGUAGAAGGGAAUGAGAAGAAGAACACAAGCAGAGGAAGAGGAAAUGACCGAAAGAUGACCAAGAAGAAUCAAGGACAGUGGUCCCAAGGACAACAAUUUAGUGGGGGUAGCACUAGUAGUGGUUCAUCUGGAAAGACUCGUAGUGGACCAUACGGGUGUUUCAGUUGUGGUCAACAAGGUCACAAGAAGAAAGAUUGCCCGCAACGACAACAAAGAUUUCAAGCAUCUCAUGGGGGACCCAUAGGGAGCUAUGUAGAGUCUACUCCUUUUCAUGGACAGCCCAGGACAAACCAGUCUCAGUCUUCAUCCUAUGGUUUCACACCCCAAUCGGGCCAGCAGUCUCAGUAUCAACAUCAGUUCAGGCCACAAGGUUCAGGGUUCAACAUGGGGUACUCACAAGGUUUCCAAACUCCUGCUCCUAGUGGGAGUCAAAGAGGGUACAAUCAAGGUGGAGGGUCUGGUGCAAGUACAAGCUACCCUAGUCAGGGAAGGGGCAAGGCAAAAGCAAAGUCAUCCGCUCAAGCCUACGCUCUUGGGGUUGAUGAUGUGCAGGGCGAUGCUGACCAGGGAGUUGUCGAUGGAACUCAGUUUGAUGCUAGUGGAUGAGGAUGGUACUGUUGGGAAAGGAAUGUCGUUAUUAGUUUAGUCAUAUUUUACUCUUUCACCUUCUAAUGAGACUGAUUUUGUAUUUAAGAACCAAUGGAUGGUCUGGAUGACUUAAAUUAGCUAUGUACUAGUUAGAAAUGAGAAAUGAUGGAUGCUAGGUAUUAUUUUGGUA